AAGCUGCCAAGAAUUUGAACUAAAUUAGUCGAUUGUUUACAGCGAUCAACAGCUAACAACAGCAUACUUGUAUUAUCGUCGUAAUCUUUUUAUUAUUCUUUUGUGAUAUCAAAUCGUACAUGAUGAUGAAAUCCAUCGCCUUUGUUGUCGUUGUUGCUGCUUGCCUGGCCUUUGCCAUUGCUGAUGAUACCAAAUACACCACCAAAUAUGAUAAUGUUGAUAUCGAUGAAAUUCUCAAAUCCGAACGUCUAUUCAAGAACUAUUACAACUGUUUGGUGGAUCAGGGCAAAUGCACUCCCGAUGGUCGUGAGCUGAAGACAAUUUUACCUGAUGCUCUUAAAACUGAAUGCAGCAAAUGUAAUGAGAACCAAAAGAAAGGUGCCGAAAAGGUUAUUCGUUAUAUAAUUGAUAACAAACCUGAAGAAUGGAAGACCUUGCAGGCUAAAUUCGAUCCCGAUCAGGUGUACUACAACAAAUACAAGGCUGAAGCUGAGAAGCGUGGCAUUAAAGUUUAAAUGACUUGAUAUGACCAUGACAGAUGUUUGAAGCCAAUUACAGAACAAAUACUACGAGAAGUGUAAUGUAAAAGUUUUAUUGAAAAGAAAAAUGUGUACCAUGUUCGCCUGGGGGAUUAAAAAAAGUAUUAUUAGGAAAAGUUAACAUUUUGUUAUAAGUUGAAUUUUUUAUUUAUGUUUUUAAAAAUCUGUUGGCUGUAAUAAAAAAUCAUAAUUAUUAAAAUAAA